AUGUCAUUGAAGGAUUUUUAGAUUCUGUAAGAGUUAGGUAACAAUUGAAGUUAUAAAUGAUUAGGUGAAGGAGCAUACUCAAAGGUAUAUAAAAUAAGGAGAAUCGCAGAUCAAUAGGAAUAUGCACUAAAAAAGGUUAGACUGCAGUCACUCUCUGAUAAAGAGAAAUAGAAUGCUCUAAACGAAGUGAGAAUUCUAGCAAGUGUUAGACAUGCAAAUGUCAUUCAAUACAAAGAAGCGUUUUUAGAAGAAUAGUCAUAAAUUUUAUGGUAACUUUCUCAAAAUAACUUUAUUAGCAUUGUAAUGGAAUAUGCAGAUGAUGGAGAUUUGUUCCAAAAAAUAAUAGAAUGUUAGAAAAAAGGAGUUCUCAUGUCUGAAAAGGAUAUAUGGAAUAUCUUCAUUUAAGUAUGCUGAAUAAUAUAUAACUAUAUCAGAUAGUAAAGGGACUCAAAGCCUUGCAUGACAUGAAAAUAUACCAUAGGGAUUUAAAAUCCGCAAAUGUAUUUAUGAAUAGUGAUGGAACUGUUAAAUUGGGAGACAUGAAUGUGUCUAAAGUUGCCAAGAAAAUACUACUCUACACUCAAACUGGAACACCUUACUACGCAUCUCCAGAAGUGUGGAAAGAUCAGCCCUACGAUUCCAAAUCCGACAUAUGGUCUUUGGGUUGUGUGUUGUAUGAAAUGACCACUCUCAAGCCUCCCUUCAGAGCAGAAGAUAUGAGUGGCCUCUAUAAGAAGGUCGUCAAAGGAUACUACCCUAAGAUCCCCACCAUUUAUAGUUAAGACCUAAGCAAUGUGAUUAGAGCACUCUUGCAAGUCUAGCCUCAUCUGAGACCAAGUUGUGAUAAGAUCUUGUAAUUGCAGGCGAUUGUGAACAGAUUGGAUGAUAAGAUACUGGUUGAAGAGGAAGGAGCCAAAUUCCUAUUGCAGACUAUAAGAGUUCCCAGAAAUAUGCACUAUCUUACUGAUAGACUACCAAAACCAAAUUAUAAUCCUAUUAGAAUGACAAAAGUAGAUAAAUAUUAGUUUAUUUAAACUUUGGCUGUGUAGAAACAACAUUUAGAAAACUUUGAAGAAAAUCACUCUUUGAAUAUUGACUUCUUGCCACGAUUGAACAAUAAAAGAGUAGAUGACAGUCAUGAGAAUUCAGUGUUAUCGAAAAACAAUAAGAAAGUCGAUGAUUCCUAACUCGAGAUACACUAAAGUAAUGCAGGCAAAAAUAAUCAAUUGGCUUUGAUUUACAACCCUCCAGUCAAGAAGAUCGGCAGGAUUUCUAAUAAGCCAUCUAAAGUGGAUCCUCUGAAAUAGCCAAAGAAAUUAGACAUCGAAGGGGAAUCAAAGCCUUUAAUAAUCAAAAGGUAUAGUGAUAAAAUUGAUUGAAUAGUACCAAACAUGGAACUGAAGAGAGAGCACCAUUAUUACCUCUUUUGCCAAGCAUUAAGAAGGAGCCUCCAAAAUUAGAAGAAGAAUAGUAACUCAAAAGAAUCAAAUAAACUGAAGAAUUAAUCCAACAAUUAAAGGAGAGAUAACAAAAAUAGAGGAGAAAACAGAAAUUAAGAAACCUUGAUAAUUGA